CAGCCUUUAAGGCUUUUGGAAUUGAGAAGAAUGAAUAAAGCACUAAUCAAGGUAAUUUUUCUGGGUUUCAAAAGCAGUGGUUACAGGUAUUUAUACUAUGUCCUCUUGUGUAUUUCCUGGAAUGUGCGGAGAAGGUCAAGUGUCGCUGAGAUCUAUGUUUGCGGUUGACUAUUCUUCAUACACAAAGUCUCCAUCUCUAAAUUAUGCCUUCAGUUGAACCGGAAAACAUGUUGAUUUAGUCUGUCUAAAUCUCAAGAAUUCAAUUAUUGAUAGCCUGUGCAUUCUAAUUCAACUCUUUUUCAGAAACCCACUAGUUUCGAGAUCUUCUGAUGCCAAGGGAUAACUCUGUAUUAUGCCAGGAAGGCAGGAACUCGAUCUCUUGUAAUCUUCUUCGAAGCUACACUUAAUACAUUUCGCACGGUAUUUGCUUACUCUGGUCAAAUAGGAUUGCUGGCUGCAUAACCGUACUGGAAAAAGAGUCGUCCUGGGGUAGACAUCUAUAAAAAUUCAAUUUUUAAGAGAUUGACCACCAAAGCUGGAAGUAAUUGAAUGAUUCAACCCUGAAUUCUCAAGCACAUCCCCCUUAUGUGAAUGUUAAGCAUUAUCCGACGGCUCAGCACGCGGUUUAGAGAUUAGUAUAUUGUAUAUAUUCUCGUUUUGUUUUAAGAAAACUCAUUUUCUAGU